CAGGAGUUUACCCUCUCAGGCAGACAUACAACGCCUGCUUCGAAAAGCUAAACGCUACCAUUUGCCGGGCUGACCAAUAUAUCUGUGAUUAUGGAUGCCUAUUCCACAGAUAUCAGACGGGCAGCAUUCGAGAAGCUCGCGAAGCUUGCAGUAAAUGGCCCGCCAUGUGAAGAGAGUCAACAACUCAUCCCCCGACUUACGGCCCCCUACAAUUUUCGCAGAACAGCGGCCAAUGGGCUAUUCGAUGAUGUUUCCCGUAUCCAUGCGUCUGGUUCACGCCCCCCUAUGGGGAUGCGAGAGUUAGAUGUCCUCCUUGGGCUAUGCAAAUCUGCCCCGUUUAUCCGAAAAUUGGGGCAAGCUUCGGAACUUACCUCGCACUUGUCUCAAUACCUGCCAGAAUCAUACGGACAAGCUUUUCGGGCAUCCCCUUUCCUGCGAAACAUAGAACCAUCACCCUGGGAGGUAUUGACCUAUGAUCUCACGUCUUCUCUACUGUCAAUUGGGGUCAAGUUUCCUUCAUUGCACAAGCAGAUUGAAGCCGUCAUCGAUGAGUAUCUGAGCAAUUGUGAAGAAGCUAGCCGGACGGUGAUACCCCUUCAACACUCCGGGUUGGAAAAUGAAAGCUACAGUUUCUCGCAGAAGUCCUUUGGUCUCUUGACAAUUGCAGUCUCUCUUGUCGGCUUUUUGAAGGCAUCUGCCAUUCAUAAUACCUUCUGGUCAGCCAGCAAAAGGUUGCUGAUCGUUAGUCAGCUGCGUGCGAUAUUUUCAGAUGACUUUAUGGUUGCUGUUGAAACUGCCUCAUCGACUAUACGUAGUGCAGCCCCAUCUGAUUCCGGUAUCAAGGCCUGGAAAAGAUGUACUCGACACUAUGCCGCUCAUGGACGGCCUCUAGGCGCCAUGCUCGUACGGCAAGAAUACAUGCGGUUUGCCAAAGCUUGCGUGGCAUCUGGUGUGACUAGCUCGAACGCCUCUUCUGGAGAUGGACUCAUGGAUGAUUAUUUGAAUGGUAUUGGGAUUGCACAGGGCAAAAACGAUUCUGAACUUGCUCUUGUCGAAUGCAUCGCCGAAAUUGUUACCGACGAGAUUCAUUUACUUGAAGAUGGCGCCGAUUACUUGCAACUCGGUUCACCGUCUCAGCAGAAACUUGCUUUCUCGGUCAAGGCACUUGCUUUGGUUGGAUACCUGAACUGCUUGAUCUUAGGUGGGGGGGCAGCGAAUGCCGACACUUUCCUUGCGUGGCUAGAGGACACAUUGGUAGAUCCCCAUCAAAUGUCCUGCUAUGAAUUAGCAGCAGCUACACUCAAAUGCAUAGCAGCUAUGGCCAGACUGAUGCCGAAUAGCGCAUCAGGUGCAAGCCGUUCUCUUUUGAGGUUUAUUGUCCAGAGAGGUGUGCUUACGGGUUCUAUAAUUGAUGCCGCCGCACGCAGUCUGGCUCAGGUCCUUGCACUCCUUUCUCAAGAUGCCAUCAUCACGACAUUAUACUCAUUGGGAAACGUGCUAAGCCCUGUGGCUAGCCCGGAGAGACCAUACCAAUACCAAACUGCAGGAAACUUAAUCGGACGCGUGGAUACUAUCACAUCAUAUUCACCUCCGAAGAACGGGAGCAUUGUUUCCAUCCCUGUUAAUGGUGAAGAGGAUAAUAUGACCUUCAGAAAUGUGACCCAUGCUAUUGUGGUUAUCUCUACCAGCAGGAAUGAUGAGAAAAUAAGUGCAUUGGCCCAAUCGAUGCUGUUGCAGAAGAUCGGGAAGGUAAACGCUGUGGUGGACUCAUACAUAAUUCAAGAGGCCGCAGAAUUGGCCCUAAGCAGUGAACAGGCCGAGUUCCAACUUCUCCUCAAGUUCUAUGACCGGACUCAUAGGGAUGCUCUUGCCAAGGGUCAUGCCAUAGUCUCGGACGCCGUCCAAAAUGCAAUGAACUACCUCUCGAUCCGAUUAACACCGGAGUCUCCGCUUCACAAACUUUACCUGAUCCAUUUACUUGAAGGGAUUGUGAACAAGGGAGAUGCUACUGGCUUUGAGAGUAAUCGACAGCAAGAAAUGGCCUUUACAGCAGACGAUAUAACACCUCUCCUCAAGCCCCUGGCUUUGCUUGUGUCUUCCAAUAAUGAGACUCCGGGGGGUCAUUCGUCAACUUCCAAAUACGAAGAAGAAAUAUCAUAUAUGUUUCGCGAUGCGUGGUUCAAUAUGGCCGUCCAUGGGAUCACAGCUAAUUCGAUCGUUUCUCAGAGCCACAGCGAAGAGCUUCGUCUGCUUGCAAAAUAUUCGCCACCUCUAAUCGCUGGAAACUAUCUGGACGUUCUUGAAAGUGAUGUCGAAUUAAACAUCAUUCUCAGGCGUGGAGAGACCCCUCAACGUGUUGCGGAGCAGAAGAGGGUUCUGAUUGCCGAGCUCCCUGGUCGCGAAUCCGAGAUUAAACGACUGAACUACCCCAAGGUUGUGUUCCUGAAUGCAGCCCUUUUGAUUGAAACAUUCCGUGCUGCAUCAGGUAACUGCACCAGUGUAUUGGAUUAUUUCCGCGAUCCUGCAUUGAACACAGCUGAAAUGGCCAGCUGCAUGAGUGCUAUUGCGGAGAAGGUCGUCAAUUUCUACCUUAGCAUGACUCUCUCUGGAAACCAUGAACAAUUUUCAUCUUCGUAUUUGGCAAAGCAACUCGCAGGGUUUUUUGCAGCUUGUUGUCAUCGCAUUGAAAGAGUCCAGAGUGUUGCUGUUUUCUGUGCUACGAGAAUAAUAAACGAGUGCCCUUCUGCGCUUUGCGAGAAGAGUUCUCUGUUUGCACUCCUCGAACUUUUGAGUGUCAUGUGGUCGUCUUGUCUUGAAGGCGAGCUUGAUGAGUUUGACUGGAGGUCUUCCUUCGUGUCAUCUCGAGGGAAUGUGAAAGUCGAUCUAUCGGAUGACUAUAACUUCAGGAAGCGUACACUAGAUUCGUUCCUCGAAAGGGCUCGGGUGUGGGUGCCAAUGGUAAUGAACAUCGCGCCACUAGAUAUCAAGGGUCUUCUUCAGACCUAUCUCUCCGAAUAUGAUGAUGAGGGCUCUUAUGGCCAUAUAUCAUUGGGCCGUUCAUUUGCUCUUGAAAUAGGCUCACUGAUCCCACAGAGUGAUCAGCGUCUAGGAUCUAUUGAAAGGCACGAUAUUUCAGUCAAUGUCAGCUCCGACUUCAUUUCCCAGUACACGACACGGCAAAAGUAUCGUUCUUCCGAUGUGCCCCCAUCUGUUCACGUGGAGGAUGGUUUGAUCAUCGACAAAGAUUUGAGCACCUCAAAUUCUCCUUCCUUUGCAAAUAUUUCUCAGAACCUAGAACAUUCACUGUCUUGUUUGUAUGAAAAAUCAGUGCGCGGUGAAGAUGUGUCUCCAAUUCAAGUGCGCGAUGAGCUCCGACAAGCAGCGGCCGUCCUUUGCAGCAGCAAUGAGAUGCAUCCAUCGCUCAUACACUACCUAGUGGUGUUACCAUUUCAGAUUUUCACGAAAGAUAUGAUCAAACUUGGGAUUUCCCUUUGGCUUGGUGUGAUUCAUGAGAAACCGCUUGCUGAACCAAGGAUCUUGAUGGAAGCAGCCGGAGAAUGGGAGAAGACAGUACGCCGUCGGGGUGGGCUGUUUGAUCCUUCUUUAGAGCAUCUCGAUCCCAUGCUCACCAAGAUCGAGCUCUUACCAACAGACAAGGCCUUGCUGCUCAAAAAACAGCAAAAGGCCCAGAAUACCAUUUCGCCCCACAGUCGUCUCCUCCAUUUUUUUGAAAGUCACUUCAAUGCCAUCCGACUAUCUAACAAUCAAAACCAACAUCUCUUCUUUCGUCUAAUCAGCAAGACCGUCAUAGGGCUGCUUCAUUCCAAUGGUCAUCCUUUGUCCAGAGAAAUACAUUUCCGUAUUGUUCUUCUCGGACUGAAAGUUUUGAGGUAUUCUACAGCAAAGAGCAAACCUGCUGCGUGGAAACUCAAGGACCAAAUACUAUCAGCUGCUUUGGGCUGGUUUAGGCAUCCACCGAGAUGGUCUUUCGGGGGUAAUCGCCUGCAGAUCAGGGCCGAGGAUAAGGUCCUUGGGGAUGUUGUUGCUGCUCUUGGACAUGUCGCAGGGAUAGCCACGCAUAACCGAGGAGCUCUCAAACCACUCCAGGCUAAACAAGACCUUCUGAACAUAUUCAUCGACAAUGAGAGGGCCCGCCUUAAAGUCUGGUUGUUUCCUUUGGACCAUGAGAGAAGACACCAUUCAUCUUCUCUUCUUGGGAACAAAAACUUCAUAGAGGAAUCAUCAUCGUUGCUUCGUCUUGCUUGGGCGGAAACCCCCGGGUUGGCCAUUCAGCUUGCUUCCAGAUUCCCAUCAGCGAAACUUCAAAAUGAUAUCCGUUGGCUACUACUGAAUUUCCCAGAGAAGGCACUCAACGAACCUCAAGGUUUGGAAAUCCUAUUCGGUUCAUCACUUCCGGCGGAUGUCUCAUUCCAGCUCAAGUAUCUGUUGUAUUGGGCGCCGGUGAACCCUAUUGAAGCCCUCACAUACUUCUUGCCUGCGUAUGGUAACCAUUCUUUUAUUUUACAAUAUGCGAUGAGAGCUCUGGAAAGCCAUGCUAUCGAUGUUCGAUUCUAUUUCGUUCCUCAGCUGGUUCAAGCCCUGAGAUAUGACGCCUUGGGUUACGUGGAACGUUAUAUCUUUGAAACAGCAAAACUGUCACAGCUAUUUGCUCAUCAGGUGAUUUGGAACAUGAAGGCCAACUCCUACAAAGACGAGGACUCUCAAAUUCCUGACCCUCUCAAGCCGACGUUGGACAAGUUCAUGGAAAUCUUGAUAUCCAGCUUUUCAAAUGAAGAGCGGGAAUUUUAUGAGAGAGAAUUCUCUUUCUUUAAUGAAAUCACGGACAUCUCAGGGAAGUUGCGCCCGUAUAUCAAGAAGAGCAAGGCAGAGAAGAAGGAGAAGAUCGAAGAAGAGCUGCGCAAGAUCAAGGUUGAAGUUGGAGUCUACCUUCCCAGCAAUCCAGAUGGUGUCGUUGUUGGAAUCGAUCGCAAAUCGGGCAAACCGCUACAGAGCCAUGCAAAAGCCCCAUAUAUGGCGACUUUCAGAAUCCGAAAGACGAGAAAUCGAUGGGACGGAAGCAGCAUGGGUGGGAGUACUGGCAUUCGCGCUUCGAGCCAUCAGCAACUCGUGGCGGGAUCUCAGGAAACACUUGAAUCGGAAGCUGUACAGGAAUCCUAUGAAGUGUGGCAAUCUGCUAUCUUCAAGGUUGGAGAUGACUGCCGGCAGGAUAUGCUCGCCUUGCAAAUGAUUGCCGCCUUCCGUAGCAUAUUCGCCAAUGUCGGACUGGAUGUCUGGGUCUUCCCUUACCGAGUUACUUCUACAGCGCCUGGCUGCGGUGUGAUUGACGUUCUACCAAACUCAAUCUCUCGAGAUAUGCUUGGCCGUGAAGCGGUCAAUGGACUGUAUGACUAUUUUGUGUCGAAAUAUGGCGGAGAGGACUCGAUCAAGUUCCAAGAAGCACGCACCAAUUUCGUCAAGAGCAUGGCUGCGUAUUCGGUCAUAUCCUACCUCCUGCAGUUCAAGGACCGACACAACGGGAACAUCAUGAUUGAUGACGCUGGGCACAUUAUACACAUUGAUUUCGGUUUCUGUUUUGACAUUGCUCCCGGAGGUGUACGGUUUGAACGUGCUCCGUUCAAACUGACGUCCGAGAUGGUUGCCGUGAUGGGUGGCAGCCAUGCCCAUCAUCAUGGACACACGCCGGGCGGCUCUAGCAGUGGAUUGAGCUUGCCUGGAGGACAUUCUCAUAACCCGACUACUACACAAGCUUAUCAGUGGUUCGAGUCUCUGGUUGUCAAGGCGUUCCUUGCCUCGCGCCCUCACUGCCACAAGCUUUCUCAUAUCGUCUCGUUGAUGCUCGACAGCGGCCUUCCAUGCUUCAAACCAGACACCCUGAAAAAUUUCCGUGACCGGUUUGCUCUCGACAAGAGCGAGCGAGAUGCAGCGGAGCAUAUGCGCGAGCUCACCCGCAAGUCUUACAUGAGCGUUUCGACUAAGGGUUACGAUCAGUUCCAGCUCCUCACCAACGGAAUCCCCUAUUGAUUGUUCCUUCCUUUCGCUUAGACCCUGCCCUAUGAUACUUGGAAACUUUCCCAUCUCAGAUCAAAAGAAAGACUCUCUUUGAACAUUGUAUCUCGUCUGCUUACCUUGAUUCAUACAUAUGCUAGUAUUCAACUUAACUAUAUGCCGUCAAAGGGUAAUCACACACUAGGAGCCAUAGAAAUCCUUCAAGUUGCCAAACUUUAUCCCUUACUUUCCAAGUUGUUUCUACUUGGCAUCCUUACGUUUUCCGCAAUGAAAUGACGUCAUGGCAUGGGA